UGUUCUCAUCAAAAGCGCUCGUUGACUUGCCUGAUUGCACACUAUGGCAAGGACAUACACGCUCUAUAACCUACGCAUCAUCCUAGUCUUGACCCUAGGGAGUCUUACCUUUGGGUAUGGCUUCUCGGUCAUCUCCAACACCAUCGGUCAGCCGGGCUUCAUUUCCUACUUCAACCUCGGCAACGAUUCUAGUUACGACAAUGCCAUCACCGGCACCAUCAAUGGCCUCUACUGCGCUGGUGCGCUCUUCGGAGCCUUGCAUGUCGGCUGGAUGUGUGAAGCUCGUGGUCGGAAGGAGACCAUGUACCUGGCUUGCCUGGUCAACGUCAUCGGCGGCGCCCUCGAGACUGGCUCGGUCAACAUUGCCAUGUUUCUCGUCUCGAGGUUCAUCUCGGGCUGGGGUAUCGGUAUGAUGGUGGUGUUGAUUCCGAUCUAUCAAUCUGAAAUUUCACCGCCGAAUGCUCGAGGAUUUCUGGUCGGCCAGCACGGUACUUGGAUUGUUCUGGGAUAUGCCAUUGCAGGUUGGGUCGGUGCAGGGACCUACUACUCUUCGAACUUGUCAUUUCAAUGGCGGUUCCCGAUCGCAUUGUCCAUUCUCCCACCAUUGGCAUUGGCAAUAUGUGCGCCUUGGAUUCCCGAGUCUCCUCGAUGGCUCUUGACGCGGGACCGACGAGAUGAAGCCUGGGCGAUUGUCAAGCGACUCCAUGGUGGUGCAGUCUCGGACGACAAGGGCAUGCAAUAUGCCCGUGAGGAGUUCUAUCAAAUGACAGAACAAGUCCGGGUUGAUGGAGCUGUUUGGAAGGAGGGUGGUUGGCGUGGUAUGCUAACCAAGAGGUCGUAUCAAAAGCGCUUUUGGAUGGGCUUCUUCAUCCAGUACGCGGCACAGUCGACGGGAGCGCAAGUGAUAUAUGUCUAUAUCGUUUCACUGUACCAAAACUUGGGUCUCACGGGUGGCGUGCCUUUGAUUCUGGGAGCGGCAUAUGUCACAGUAGCAACCAUUUCCAAUUUCAUCGGAGCUCUUCUCCUAGAUAAAGUCGGACGAAAACCACUGCUGAUUACCGGACUCACGGGGUGCAUGUUGUCCGUUUGCCUCGAGACCGCCAUGAUCGCAGAGUAUGCGGGCACCACAAACAAGGCUGGCCUGUCGAUGGGCGUCUUUUUCUCAUUCUGUUUCAUCAGUUUCUAUGGUGGCGGUAUCGACGUGGUCGGUUAUGUCUAUUGUUCGGAGAUCUUCCCGACGUACAUUCGCUCGCAAGGCGUCGCCUGGUCGUUGGCGGGAACAUUCCUCUCGACCUUGGUGUAUGUCGAGGCAGCACCGACGGCCUUGGCCAACAUAAAGUGGAAAUACUAUAUCAUCUUCAUCUGUUUGACAUUUGUCAAUGUCCUGAUAUUCUAUUUUUGGUGUCCCGAGACCAAGGGUCUGUCUUUGGAAGAGAUCAACGCCUUAUUCGGUGACGAAGUGGUGGUACAUUUUGCCGAUGCUACCGAAAAGCAAAGGCAUGAAUUGGCCGCCAAGGUUCAGGCAGAAGACGAACAACGGGAAUACGACGCGAGAGGUGGCGAAGCCGCUCCUACGAGUACCACGGCGGCUGUGAAGGCAUAAGAGAGGUUAAAAAGUACGAAGAAAGUCACACGAGCUGAAAGUCACGGAACUUGAGAAUGUGGGGAGGGGGCCACUACCUCGAGGGUGUCCUGUACAUACUGUACUCGAGGGUCUGGGGGUCAUACUGUAGAUGAUGGUGUAUUAUUGCCUCAAUCAGGUCCGUGGUGGACAGGUAGCAAUUGGCCAUUUCUCCCGUUCGAGAAUUUGACUCUCCAUCAGCAAGAGAUUGUCGAUCAAA